AUGGCUCCUCCCAGUGCAACGGGUGUCGCAGACACGGCUGGACAGACCGCGAACGGGGGUUCCAGCGUCCCGAAGCCGCGCUGCCUUCCCCCAGGAUUCACUGAAGCCAAGUUCUCAGAGUUUCUCUCCACACUAUACACGCUCGUUGGCAAGUCAAACAUCGCUGUCAUCACUGCCGACACCCCCUUCGAUGACGGCGACUAUGAGACAAUUGACUGCUUGACACACGACAUGCACAACUUCUACGACCACGAGGAGUUCAUUGCAUCUGCUCUGGUGCGACCCCGCCACGUUCAGGACGUUCAAGCCAUCGUCAAAUUGUGCAAUGACUUUGCUGCGCCGCUAUGGGUCUUCAGCAAGGGACACAACCUGGGCUACGGCGGGGCGGCGCCCCGCGUCAGUGGAAGUCUGGUGAUGGAUCUUGGCAAGCACAUGAACAAGGUGCUGGAGGUCAACGCCAAGGAUUGUUACUGCCUCCUCGAGCCUGGCGUUUCCUACCUCCAGCUACAGGAUUAUCUGCGGGAGCACAAGCUCGACGACAAGGUCAUGAUGGACGCGCCCGAACUAGGCUACGGCUCCGUGAUCGGAAAUGCGCUCGAUCACGGCGUGGGGUUCACGCCUUAUGGGGACCAUUGGAUGAUGCACUGCGGUAUUGAGGUCGUCCUUCCCACGGGUGAGGUUGUCCGCACUGGUAUGGGUGCCAUGUCCAGCCCCGAAGGACGGGAGCAGGCAAAGCAAGGCGUGCACCCGGCCGACCAGAAGCCGAACGAGUGCUGGCAGCUCUUCCCCUACGGCUUCGGUCCUGUCAAUGACGGCAUCUUCUCGCAGGCUGGAAACGGCAUCGUUACCAAGAUGGGCAUGUGGCUGAUGCCGCGCCCGCCGGGGAUGGAGGCUUUCAUGGUUACGUACGAGAAAGACGAGGACCUUCCACAGAUUAUCGACAUUAUCGGCCCGCUGCGCGUGAACAUGAUUCUGCAGAAUGCGGCUGCAUUGAGACAUGUCGGCUUGGACUUGGCCCAUUACAACCCCCGGUCACAUUACACCGACAAAGCCCUGAACGUGCCCCUGACUGAUGAGGAUCUGGACCGGGGCGCAAAACAGCUCGAUCUGGGCCGAUGGGUCUACAUGGGUGCUGUCUACGGCCCUCCAGUCAUCCGUGAGGCCCACCUCAAGAUCAUCAAGCAGGAGAUGUUGAAGGUGCCUGGAAGCCGGUUCUUCAACGAGCAGGAUCGCAAGGAGGUGUUUGGUACCUUGGAGUGUCGGGCUCACACCAUGAGGGGCGUGGCCAACAUGGACGAGCUCCACUGGCUCCAGACAUGGAUCCCGAACUGCUCUUUCAUGUCACUGGCACCAAUCUCGAAAGUCUCGGGCGAGUCGGCUUGGGCUCAAUAUGUGACGGCAAAGAAGAGGUUCGACGAGGCGAAGCUGGACUACAUGGGUAUUUUCAGCAUCGGAAUGCGAGAGAUGCAUAACGUCGUGUGCAUUGUCUUUGACCGCAAGGACCCGGACGCUCGUCGCCGCGUGCAAUGGCUUGUUCGCACGAUGAUCAAGGACUGGGCAGAGAACGGGUGGGGCGAGUUCAGAACCCACAUCGGCAUGAUGGACCAAGUCGCCAUGACUUAUGACUUCAACGAUCACGCACUCAUGAAGCUGAACGAGAAGAUCAAGAAUGCCCUCGACCCCAACGGAAUCAUGGCACCAGGAAAGAGUGGGGUUUGGCCGCAACAGUAUGACAAGAAGAAAUGGAUGCUGGGAGAGGACUACAUUAAAUAG